AUGCAAGAGUCGCAAAUUAAUCUAGCCAUUCAAGCUAUUGCUUCAUCCAAAAAACUAAGUGUGCGAAGAGCUGCUAAAAUCUAUAAUAUACCAACUAAGCGAACGCGAAAGAGACUAGCUCUUUUACAAUCUCAAACACCUCACAAUCCAACUGAAGUUCUUUCUCAAUCCACUUUAGUGAAAAGUCGUAUUGCUCGGCAUCAAGGGAGCUUACCUACUCCAAUAUUUGAAACAAUUGCAGCUUUAGCUAAAGAUAUAGAGCUUUUAGUUUAUGCGAAUACAUUUUUAACUACUGAGGUUCAUAAUCUCCGCAAAGCAAAUGAAGCACUUAGUAAACGCCGGAGAGCUAGAAAAGUUUUAAUACGAAAAGAAGGAGCAUUUUCAAUAGAAGAUGGGCAUGGUAUAUUAGAAUAA